AUGUUCAGACCACAAGCUUUGACACGUACAGUUCUCAAACUGACACGCCCGACACGCCCAUUGGUUUUAAAAAGACCAUUUAGACGAGGAGCUGAUAGCGUUGAACUGGAUCCCAUCGCUUUAAAUGAAGCUCGAGAUUGGAAAAAGUCAGCAACUGUUAAUAUUCUGCCACCCGGACAAACAUCCUAUUCUAGGUCUAGUGGACCUGGAGGUCAACAUCGAGACCCGAGCUGCAUUUCAUCUCCCGCCUCGCAACUCCAGGUACUGACGAGAAACAAAAAUCGCGUAAGAACUGAGAGUAAAGCUACAACCACAUGGUCACUCGACGUGCUCCUUCCGUGUUUACCUAAAGUUUUACACAGCAGACUUAAACAGUCAAAGUACUAUGUGAAGGGGACGAACUCAAUAUCAAUGCAAGCUCAAACGUCACGCAGUCGCGAUGUGAAUACUCAAGAAAACCGCAACAAGCUUUUUGAAGAGAUCCAGAACAUAUAUACAGCCACGGUUCCGGGCGAAACCACGCAAGCAACCACUGACAAAUAUAAAGCACUGGAAAAAUCUUACAACAAAGCCAGACUUGCGUCCAAAAAGCACCACUCUGCCAAAAAGAAUCUCAGACGUGGUGGACCUGCAGAUUGA